CUUGUGGCUGCCGUUCCCUCGUCGUGAACAGAAUGUCCGAGCGAAGAGUGACGUGCAUAUUAUAACAAACUGAACUGGAUUUUAUUUUGGGUUUUUUUCGGUGUUUUAAUUUUUUGGUGUGUUGUGACUUAAUAUCGAGGGGCCGUUUAUCGCCCAGGAUGUGUGCAUUGUGAUAUUAGUGUCUAAGUGCUUUAGUGUUUUACCAGUGAUCUGUUCUCUUUUACACCCUUUUGUUUGGAAUAACUUUACGCGUACAUGGACAAGGUUCGGUAGAGGAUUUACGCCCGGUUUUUCGACGAAUACAGUCGGUGAAACCUUAGUCGUCAGAGAGUAUGUAUCUGCAUUUCAACUUCUAGUGGAUAAGAUGCCUUGUACGGUGCCUACCUGUGACCAGCUCAUCGCCGGCGCUCCGGAGCUAUUGCUGACUAGUUGUAGCAGCUGCGGAGUCGUGGCGGUGACCAGUAGAAGAACAGCGGCAAAGACGGCGGCGUGCAGCACCACUCGGCGAGAGGCGGCUGCGGCCUGUCCUUGCGCGGCAUGGCGGCCCCAAUGAGGUCCGGGGGCCACCAUCAACAACCGGACGGCCAGCAGGGCCACCGACCAAGGGUGGCGGACAACUGCGGCAAGGGCGCUACUGGCGCCUCCUCCAUAUCCACGAGUUCAAGAGGGCCCAAUUUGGGCGUGACGGGGCAGCAACAAGCUGUGACAGUUGGACAGCAACAGAACAGCGGACCCUCUGGUGGUCAGCAGCAACAGGCGAAUUCUGCCGCGACGGCAUCGGCUACUAAUUUUGAGUACGACGAUAAUGAGUGGGAUAUAGGUAUCGGCGACUUGAUCAUCGACCUAGACGCGGACAUAGAGAAAACUAACGACCAGCAGCAGCACCAGCAUCUUCAGCUUAGUGGUGCGGCUGGCGUAAAUAAUAGUAAUAGUGGUAGUGUUAAUAUGGCGGCAAACGCUGGAGGCGGUCCGCAGGCGUCAAAGAACGCCGCCACCGCUAAAAUGCACAUAGAGCAUUCAGCUACAGCCGACAAAGGCCUGAAGAUGAAAAUUAAAAGGACGAAACCUGGAACGAAAACAUCAGAGGCCAAACACGAAAUCGUAAAAUCAAAUGAACAAAACGGGGUGGUAGACCCGUCCGAGAUGACCAAAGGCCCGCAGUCCGGUGCCGGUGGUACCAAACACGUGGUCGGCUCCGGCCCUGGACAAGCUGGUGCACCCGGCAACGGAUCUUUAGGUAACCCCGGGCCGAACGCACCUUUAGGCUCUUCCGUUAACUCGAAUGUUAAUAGUGCCAGUAAACGGGGUUCUAGUGGUCAUCGACGGGAUAAAACCGCUAGGGAUAAGCACACGGAAAGGAAUGUUCAUAACUCAGCUUCCACUGGUUCAAAUCUAGGACCCCCCUCACAACAGAACUCGGUUUCGGGUCUCCCCCUUGCUUCUUCAGGCCCUGGAAACACGUCGAAGAACUCCUCAAACGCGAAUCCGUCAGCGCUACCAGCGCAAAACUCUAUUUCUAGUGGCUCGAUACCUCAGACCAGUGACAUGAACGGUUUGUUACGUGGUAGUGCGGUACAACCGGCGCGAUCAGUGUUUUCGGCGAAUACAGGUCCUGGACCACCGCCACCCUCCCCCGGUAGUGAUUCAAACGCUUCGAAUACGAGUAAGGCCAGUGAACAAUCAAAAGGUGGUGGCGUAUCGGGUAGCGGGGCGAGUGGUAGUACCAGUGGCAGUGCGAGUAAUGGUGCUAGUGGGAGCUCGAGUGGUCAGGAGGACCACAGGACUAAUAGCAGCACAUCACCACCACCAAGCAAAAAGUUAAAGGGCGAACCAAAGGAAACAGCCGACGUUUGCGUAGGGACUAGUGUAGGAACCAUCACAGAACCGGACUGUUUGGGACCCUGCGAACCUGGUACCAGUGUGACCCUUGAAGGGAUUGUUUGGCACGAGACCGAAGGAGGUGUGUUAGUUGUAAAUGUAACGUGGCGAGGCAAGACCUAUGUAGGAACUUUACUGGAUUGCACGCGACAUGAUUGGGCACCGCCCAGAUUCUGUGAUUCACCGAUAAGUGAUCUUGACAACAGGACACCCAAAGGACGAGAGACCCGGUCUUCAGUCCACAGCAAACUCCGUAACGGUGGCGGAGUUAAGGGUGGCAGGAGGGGAGUAGCAAACGGUGCGGGACCUGCAAACGCGCCCUCCUCUCCCACUCCGUUCGUUCCGCCACGACCGGACAACAAACGAAAAAGUAGAGCAGGGGAAGAGGAGAAUCCGCAGAACGGGAAGAAAGCUAAGGUGGUGGUACCACCACCAGUAGUGACUGCUCCAAUAGUAGUUACUCCAGCUCCUUGCGUUAGUCCUCCUCCUUCCCCGGUGUUAUUGGAGUGCCCCGAACCGAAUUGUUCAAAGAAGUACAAGCAUAUCAAUGGAUUGAAAUAUCAUCAGAGCCAUGCGCAUGGGUCUGUUGCAGACGACGAUGAUACCAAAGAUGUUACAUCAAUGUCUGAAAAUGACGAAUCUAACAUCGAAGCACCGAGCCCGGUGACCCCAGUAAAAUCUCCAGAAAAAAGCCAAGAUAGUCCAUCUACGCCCGUAAAGAAAGACAGCAACUGUCCCACCGAACUUCCGUCGUUAAUAAAUAAUACGACGGAUUCUGGAAGCACACCACCAUCCCCCUGUACGCCGCCGAGCGUUCAAGAUGUUCCCCCUGCUCCAUCGGUACCGGCGAGUCCACAAAACGUUCCUCCUCCGGAUGUAGCUCCCGGAAAACCACAAGUUGCUGUUGUUAAGCCAGCGAUUCUGCGAUUUGGUGCUGGUGUCACCACUGAUGAGUUCAACGCGACACCACCUACUGGAGGAGCGUUCAAUGCACAUAGUGGCAAGGGUUCAAUCCAAGGAUCACCGAUGUCAAACUCACCCCAACUGAUACCUCAACGGUCAGGCGCGCAGCAAGUACCAACAGUACCUUCUGAGCAAAAUGUCGUUUUGCCAGAGCCUGUGCAACCACAGUCUUUCACCAAUCAACUCCCUGCCCAUGUAAACAUAUCUCCGCAGCAGUUUACUCAACCACCCAAUAUAAUUAUUCCAAAUCAAAACACUUCCAACCCGCAGAUGCAAACUCAAUUGUCACCACACCAUCCUCCACCGUCACCUACGCAAGCUUCAUCAAAACUUGCUCAGUUUAAGGUUAAGCCGACGAGUGCACUGAUGCCCGAAGAGAAAAAGCAACAGAGCAUGGCUCAACCUGGACAGAAUCAGAACGGAGCCAACUUGCAGAAACCGCAGAGCUUUAAGAAGAAGAAUAGAAAGUCUCCAGGAGGUAGUCCGCAUUUAAGUCCGGCUGAACCGCCAGUGUUUGGAAUGGAACAAAGUGGCCGCGAUGAAGUGCAGAGUCCGGCGUAUUCAGACAUUUCAGAUGAUGGAGCGCCGGUUAGCUUGGAUGGGGAUGUCGACAAAAACAAAUCUUCUGAUAAAAAGACUGAAGGCGCUCAGCCUCUACCCCACAUGGGCCAGUAUGGUAUCUACCCCUACUUCUCCCAAUCGCAUCAAUACGUUGUGCCCAACCAGCAACAGCAACCAAGUCAUGAACCGCCGAGUAAACCAAAAGAAGCUGAUAAAGGUGUUGAUAAACCUCCUAAUGAGAAGGAGCAGUCGAAAAAAGAUGGACCGGAAUAUCCUCCUCAAAAAAUGCUUCAGCAGCAUUACUACCCCUAUGGUUAUAUGCCGGGUUAUAGCUACAAUAUGGAACCAAAUUAUGGCGGAGUACCCAUGUCGCAAGAUGAGAAACACAAAGAAGAAAGAGUGAAAGAGUCGCCAAGUCCUAUAGAGCGACCAGUUAAGCAGCCUACCCCAAUUUCAAACACUAUUCAAGUCCCAAUAGCUGGAAAGGCUAAACAGUCUCAAGACGCUCCAAUUAAAGAUAAACAUCAGAAUGAAAAUCAUCAGAUCAUUAAGGAGAGUAUUGAGAUUAAAAAUCAGAUGAAUCCUUACAUGUAUUCGAGGCAACCGCAAUCUCAAACAAUUCCAUCCCCACAACAAGCUUUACCUCAACAUCAUGGGCAUAGAGAACGAGAUGAAGAUGCGAGGAGGUACUAUGUCUAUGAGCAACAACGUAGAAAAGAACACCAACAUCAGCAACAGCAGCAGCAACAACAGCAGCAGCAACACCAGCAGCAAAACGUUCCUGAGCACAAGCCCACCAAUCCUAAUUUAAAUAAAAUGCCAGUCCCCCAAAGUCCAAACAUAAAGACCAAGGAGAUAAAAAUGGAAGAAAAGAAAGAGAAAGAAGUGAAACAAGAGGGAGUGAAACCUACAAUGGAGACACAAGGCCCACCUCCGCCACCCACUUCACAAUACGCUUACAUACACCCGAGCUAUAUGCAGGGAGCACAUUACGGAGCUUUACCCUUCGAUCCCAGUCACCCUAUGUACAGAGGAAUAAUGGUGCCUGGUCCAUAUAGUAGUAGCCCUUAUUUGCAUCCCCAAAUCCCCCGUUACCAUGCCCCGGAAGACUUGUCUCGGGCGCAACCCCCUUCAAAAGCGCUGGAUAUGCUCCAGCAUCAUGCCCAGUACUACUCGUCACACAAAAUCCACGAGUUGCAAGAGAGGGCAAUAAAAUCACCUACCCCAAAGACUUCGGUGGCUAGUUCGAGUCCAUCGACGAACCAGCCACCACAGAGUGGGCAGAGUACGCCUCAGAUGACCGCUCCACCUACGACGCAGACACCCAACACGACGCCAUCGAGCGGGAAACAAACUCCCGGCGAAAAUCCAAAAGAUUCCAGAUCUCCGCCGCCACAGAGGCACGUGCACACACACCAUCAUACGCACGUAGGGCUGGGAUAUCCAAUUUAUGGGGCUGGACCUUAUGGAGCUGCGGUGUUAGCUAGUCAACAAGCGGCGGCAGUAACAGUGAUAAACCCUUAUCCGACCAAGUGAAAAUGAUCGACAAUUCCGACAAUGGAACAAAAGAAAUGUGACAAAAAACGAACUGAAAAAAUACAGUGUUAGAGUGACUUUUGAAGCAUUCCAAAAAAUAUAUAGAUGUGUCUCGUUUAUAAAUAUAGUUUGCACCUGCUCGUUUAUUUCGGAUAUAUAUGUUAGAGAUAUUAUUGCUAACAUUUCGCUGGUUUAGGACGUACCGCCGUCUGUAGAACAUCGACAAAGUCGCGAAUGACACAAUGUUGGUAAUUUAGCUUUAAACUACUGGAUGUUUCUUGGGCUGCGGUACGUGAUAAUGACCUAAAAAAAUAUAUAAGAUGAAACAGUUAUAAUUAUUUAUAGGAACACAGCUGUUUUGCAAUGCAAACGUGUCAUUGUAAAUUGAUUUAUUUUUCAUGUAUAUAGUGUAUUAAAGGCAUAAUGUCUUUAUCAAAAAAGUCAUAUGAUAAUAUUAUUAGUGAAAUAAAAAAGGAAAAACAGUAGUAGACUGAAUAAUUUUACCUUUUAAUUAGGGUACGUGUAUUUUUUAAUGUAAAAUUUUUUUGUCUCCGAUUUUUUUACAUAUAUUUGCUUGGUGAUUGGUACAUGCGGCAAAAGUACAAAAUUCGCUCAUAUUAAAAGUUUAUAUGUUUUUUUUUGACGCUAUAAACUUACAAAGUCUUUAUCAAAUAUGAAUUAAAAAUUAUGCAUUUAAAGAAAUAAACUAAGUGGACGCAUGUACCCAAAUAGUAAAACAAAGGCCCGUCUCAGUUUUAUUGAAGCGGCAUUUUUGUAAUUUUAAUUUAAUUUACGAAUUGCAGUCUGUACACUUUGUAAUGUUCUGUAUGUAUGUAAGGAACCAUGACAAAUUUAUUAUUUAUAACUUUUGAAGAUUUUUCUUUGGUUGUAAAUUAAGCUCAAUUGUUUGUGCAUGUUCGAAACUUUUUUGUUUGUACGUUGUUGUUAUACAUACGGGAUUUUUUGUAUAUUAAAACUAAAUUUUGUUAUAAUUAUUCUUAAUAAAUGUUUAUUUAUAUCUUAUCUUGUAGAAGUAUCCUUAGUUGUAGUGUAUAUUGUUGUGAUAAAUAAUGUUUAAAGGCGGCAUAAAAGUUCAGCAUAAACGACAACUUUAACGUGCUAAAAUAUUUAGUUAAGCAGAAAAUUACCUCUUGUACAGACUACAUGAGGCUUCGAUGUAAAGUUGCUUAAUAAAAAUGAUUGAUAGAAUAA